AUGAGUUUCCUCGAUUCUGUUCUCUCGUCUCUCCAGACUGGAAAGCCCUCUCAGACCUCGCUAUCCCAGCCACCGGCACCUCCUGCGCCAUCUUCGACGACGAGAAAGGAUGUCCGGAAGCCGGAAACAAACUCACGAGCACCUGUGGCGGGCGGCAAUACCAGUGGAAUGAAACGAAAGGCCGAAGACCAGUUGCCUCGUCCCUCACGGCCCGAUGCUCAACCAGCUAGCAAAGCCACUGGGAUCAGACCAGCGGUUUCCUCCGCUACACCCAAACUUGCGCGCAGGCCAGCAGAAAACAAGACCACGCCCGUUUUCCCGAAGCCUGCACCCAGAAAUGGCCCCUCUGCCGGCACCAAGACUGCGCCUGCGAAGGCAGCACCCUCGAAGCCAGCGCCCGUGCCAUCAAAGCCGCCGCCAAAAGGAUCAUUUGCUGAGAUCAUGAUGAAGGCGAAGGCCCUGCAAGACAAGGCUCCCACCCAGGCCGGCAUGCUGCGACAUCAGGCAGUGCCCAAAGAGAAGCUUAGCAAAGUGGAGCGCAAAAAGCGAAUGAUUGAGGCUCAGGCUAAGGAAAAGGAGGCCCGUACUGGCAAGAAAGCCACCCCUGGGACCGCUCCCCCAGGCAAGCCUUCUCCAAAGAAACGGGACACCGAGGCACCCUCGUACAAGGGUACGGCCAAACCAUCUCAGUCUCUUGACAUGCCCGCCUACCGCGGGACAGCGGGUUUGCCAUCCAAACGUGGCGCCAAUGAUCGUCAAAAUGGCAAACGGUCCCGUGUGAAUGAAUACCUUGGAACCGACGAAGAGGACGAAGGCGAUUACGGCGAUUACGACGACUACUACUCGGAUGCUUCGUCUGACAUGGAGGCUGGCCUGGAUGACGUGGAGAAUGAAGAGGCCGUCGCAUUGAAGAAUGCAAAGAGAGAAGAUGAAGAGGAACUGCGCCAGGAAAUGGCCGCCAAGCAAGAGAAGAUCAACCGUCAGAAGAAGCUGGCAGCUCUUGCAUCCCGAGGCAAGCGAUGA